UUAAUCUCACCCAUGUAGUACACCUCCCAACCGAAAGGUGGCGGUAAGCCCCCAGUCAACCGUAGCAAGACGGGAUGUUAAGCGUUUAAAUGGUCUUUGUUUUGGGAAGAUUCCCAACCGUUGUCUCCUUACUAAAGACAAAAAUGUAUGACAGGUACCAGUCCAGCCAGCAGCACCCUGAGGCGCAGUAUGUGAUGCCAUAUCACAACAUGGGCUAUAACACUGAAGGUCCCAGAGAUGAGCUCGUCAUGGCUGAUCUGUCUGUCCACCGAGAGCCACCUCUUUAUCAGAGCGACCCCUUUGCCCCAAACCACUACCAGGAGCCCGUCUACCAGUCGACCAUUAGAGAGCAGCAGCAUCCUGCACACCUGCACCACCCUCAGCACCUGCACCACCCGCAACAGCAGCAGCAGCAGCAGCAGCAGCAGCAGGAGCCCAGUUUUCAGCACCAAGCUUUCCCUGCUGGUUCACCUCCAGUUGUGACACCAGUGAAGAAGAAGAGAGGCCGGCCCCCUAAGCAGCAGGCGGAGGAGGGCAAGGCACACGAGGAGGAGGAGGAUGAGAUUGAGGCGGCCAAAAAAGCCAAGAGGGCUCUCAACCGCUUCAACGGCAUGUCGGUGGCUGAGGUUAUGGCCAAAACCCUGCCAGAUGUUAUUACCUACAACCUUGACAUUUUGAUUAUUGGAAUUAACCCAGGACUAUUGUCAGCCUUCAAAGGACACCAUUACCCAAACCCAGGAAACCAUUUCUGGAAAUGUCUGUUUCUUUCUGGUCUAACUGACGAGCAGCUCAACUACAUGCAUGACCAGAGCCUGCCGGAAACUUACAGCAUCGGCUUCACCAACAUGGUAGAAAGGACCACACCUGGCAGCAAGGAUCUGUCCAGUAAGGAGAUUCGUGAAGGAGGUCGACAGUUACUUGACAAGCUGCAGAAAUACAAGCCAUUAAUAGCAGCUUUUAAUGGAAAAGGUAUUUAUGAAAUCUUCUGCAAAGAAGUCUUUGGUGUGAAGGCAAAGAAUCUCGAGUUUGGUCUACAGCCCUACAAAAUCCCAGAAACUGAAACGGUGUGCUACUUGAUGCCGUCGUCAAGCCCUCGUUGUGCCCAGUUUCCCCGUGCACAGGAUAAGGUACAUUUCUACAUCAAGCUGAAGGAACUGCGAGACCAGAUGAAAGGCCUGGCACCAAGCCGCGAAGUGCAGGAGACAAACUACUCGUUCGAUCUCCAGCUAGCUAAAGAGGAUGCUAAGAGGCUUGCAAUAAAAGAAGAGCAGGUGGAUCCCGAGUAUGAAAGCUGUGGUGGGCCGCAUAACGACGUGAGGUACAGCAGCAUCACCUCCAGCUAAAGGAGACUGAUGAGAGGUGAACAAACAGGCCUGUCUCCUGUAGCACACAGAAACGGACACAGUAGGCCAGUCAGCAGAAAACAUGACAUGGAAUCAGUGCAGGUGGCUCAGAUGUCAGCUGGACUAGUAGCACGAUGCAUCAGUGAAGGUAAUAAACCCCCGUGAUGACGCCACAAGACAAGAGGACUCAUUCAGUUUCCUGAGGCAUCGCAAUGUGACGCACAAGGGAGUCGCACAAAGUCCCCACAACGGUUACAUUUUCUAACUCUCAAACAGACUGUGCAUGGUUUUAGUGUUAUUUUUUUAUCACUAUUUAUUGCAUUUUGUAUGUUAUGUGCGUCCAGUGACUUAUUUUUUUUAUUUUAAAAGAAUGACAUUUUAUGAUUUAUCAGAUGUGUAAAUGGGUAAUUGUCAUAGAGUUAUUAAAACUCUUAUAAAGGCG